CUGCAACGCACAGGCACACAGCACGUACUUGAUCCGUCGAAGCAAUGGCAAUGGAAGCGGCGCCACGCCCACGCCCACGCCUCGCCGCCGCCGUCGCGCUGCUCCUCUUCCUCGCCAUGACGCCCCCCGCCUCCGCUGUCGUCGUCCCGCCGCUGGUGGCGCGCCUCCGCGCCUUCUCCGUCUCCCUCGACGAGGCCGGCGGCGGCGGGUUCGCCGAGUGCUGGGACUCGCUGACGCGGCUGGGGUCGUGCACGAGCGAGAUCCUGCUCUUCUUCGUGAACGGCGAGUCCUACAUCGGGCCCGAGUGCUGCGUCGCCGUCCGCGGCGCCACGCGCCACUGCUGGCCCGCCAUGCUCGCCUCCGUCGGCUUCACCGCCGAGGAGGCCGACGUCCUGCGCGGGUUCUGCGACGCCGAGGAGGCCGCCGCCAAGGACAAGGGCCCUCCUCCUCCCCCCGCGGGCCCGGUCCCCGCGCCGGAGAAGCCGUAGCCCGUGUCGGUGCCAAUUUAUAGCUUGGGGUUUCUACACGAUGCACGUUUGCUAGAGCUUCUACUGAAUAAACAGUCCCAGUGUACUCGUGGCCCCUCUCUCUGAAUCCUCCUUUUUUGUCAAGUACGUGUUCAUGGGACGAAA